AUGCCGGGCAGAGAUGACGGGAACAUCAAAAGGAACUACAUGGCCGCGUUAGAUCUUCGACCGGCCGUGCCGGAAUUUAUGAAGCCCAAGCCGGUGGCACCAAAACCCGUUUCCAAGAACAGCGCUCAAUCGCGCAGCGAACAGCCACAGCCGAAGAAGCCAGCCAACACCGCAAAGCCACCAAAAACUGACGCCAAGGGCAAAGAAAACAGCGGUGCAAUAAAACUCGCUCCACGCAAGCAGACGUGGAUGGCUCCCGUCAAAGACCAAGCCGUCGUCGCGGACAACAAGCAGCUCGCCGCUGGCGCUGCAACCGACCACAAGACUUCUACAGGCAGCGUUUCUCCCGGCGAUAUCCGCUACCCUAGACAGCAACGGAAGGAAGUUAACUACAUGGAAUGCGUAGAGGGACCGGACGAAGAGUACCUGUUUUGUGAUGACUGCAAGAUGGACUACCCGGGAGACUGUCCCGUCCAUGGACCCCUAAUGCAAGUGAAGGACACUCCGGUUCCUCUGGGUGACCCCCAGCGCGCGAAUAAGACCGUGCCCGAGGGGUUGUCUGUGCGCCGUUCAACCAUCAAAGGCGCUCAGUACGGCGUGUUCACCUUGAAGCGGCUGCCCAAGAGGUUGUGCUUUGGGCCGUACGAGGGCGUCAAGGUGGACGACAGCAGCGCAGCAAACGGCUACAUCUGGGAGAUCCGUGAGAACGGUCGAGUGAUCCUGGUGGACGGCCGGCCCCUGGACCGUUCCAACUGGAUGCGCUACGUUAACUGUGCUCCAGAGCAAAGUCAGCAGAACCUGGCGGCGUUUGUGCGCCAGGGAGCCGUGUACUACCGCACGUGCAAAGUGGUGAACGCCGCAGAGGAGCUGCUCGUCUGGUACGGGGACGAUUUCGCCAGGCAGCUGGGUCUCAUCGGCAAUGCCGGGGCACAAGACCAAGCGGCCGAGGUGGAGGUCGCUGCUCCACGUGAGGUCUUCUCCUGCGAGGAAUGCGGCGAUCAGUUCACCGUGAAGCAGUUGCUGGACCACCACCGGCGACGCAAGCACACGCAAAGGCCCCAAGGAAAGCACCAAUGCGCCCACUGCCCUUACUCCAGCAAUAGAAGGGACCAUGUCACCAAACAUGAGACAAUACACACGGGCGAGCGGCCGUUUGUGUGCCACGUCUGCGACAGAGGAUUCAACAGGAGAUGGAGUUUUAGCAGACACCUGCUAGUGCACACGGGGGAGAGGCCGCACGCCUGCUCUGAGUGCGGGAAGAGAUUCGCACGGCGCGGCGCUGCCAAACGACACGAGCAGGUCGUCCACGGCCGCCAUUGCCCGCUUCGCUGCCCGCACUGCGGCAAGGGUUGUGGGAACAUCAGCGACCUCAGACGCCACGUGCGCGCUCGUCACAACGAUGAAUACGACGACGACCGGUAG